GCCAGGUGGCAACAUUGGAAACUCUAUCAGACACAACUAACUAUAUUUGUGUACUGCAUUUGUGCUUAAUUUUGUUAAUAAUAAAUAAAAUAUGGAGCCAAUAUCGCACUUAGUCAAGUCAACUUUGCCAAACUAUUUGUCGAAUUUGCCAAUUCCCGACAGCUUUGGCGGCUGGUUUAAGUUAUCAUUCAAGGAUUGGCUUGCGCUCAUUCCACCCACCGCUGUUGUUGCCGGCAUUGGCUAUGCCAGUUACCUGGCCUUCUGUCCAGCUGCUCAGGGCAGAUGCAGUCAGAAAAAUGGACGCUGCAAUAAUCAUGUUCGCAAACACGAGGCUAAAGUCGUAGACAUGAUCGAUGUGGAGGACAUUGCGGAGAAGGCAGCAUUCUGUCGCUGCUGGAAGACCAAGAACUGGCCCUACUGUGAUGGCAGCCACGCCGAGCACAACAAGCAAACCGGUGACAAUGUCGGACCCGUCGUUAUCAAGAAGUAAUUGGCGUCUUUGACUUGCCGCUAAUGCAGCCGAGUACCCAGUUUCUUAUACUGACCUCGUCGACCUUUUUAGCAUUUCCUUAUUGAAAUUCGCGUAGAACUUUUCUACAUUUUGCCACUCAAAUAAGCUAAUUAAAAUGCAUCGAUUGCAAAUUGUGUGAAUUCUUCAGAUUAGUCAACCUAUUCGUAAUAUAAGCAAAAAUUGAUGGACAUAAGCCUAAUGAAGCAAAUAAAAAUAUUGUCUGAAUGAAUGCAA